CUUUCAACUCCUUGUAAAAAUGGAGGGACUUGCGAACAGUUAGUGACGUCGUUUCUAUGUACUUGCCCUCCGAUGUUCUACGGUCCAGUGUGUGAGUGUCCCGUACUCCACACACCUGAUGUGGGUGAUACCAGACGGUACGCCUUUCCUGGCUUCUGGAUUGCUGAGAAUGUGACGUCAUUUGACUUCAUGGUCAGCGCUGACAAUGAUGCGCACAUUGGACUCUUCGCAAGUAACGUGUCAGACGAAAAAUACGAAAUUGUUAUCGGUGGAUGGAACAAUGCUCGUAGCGUUAUCGGACGAAGUGCCAGUUCCGAUCUUUUGACUUGGAGAGAAUUAUCUCCUCAACAAGACUUCCGUCUGACAGGAAGUCCAGUUUUUGACCACUACCAGCUAUCCUUCGCCAACGGUUAUAUUAAGUUAAGUCGUUAUGAUACACAACUAGCCUUUAUAGACGCCACUGACCUGGAUCCUCUUGCAAUCAACUGCGUCGGAAUAAUGACUGGGUAUGGAUCAGUAGGGUAUUGGAAAUUCCCGACAUUCUGCCAGGAAAGCCAAAACAAGGAUCAUGCAUAA